CCUCCUACGCCCUCUCUUCUUCAACCGACCAGACCACGACCCUCGUUUUGCCUCCUCCUUGCUGGCCUGCCCAUUGUCCUGGUGGUUUCGUCUAAUUCCACCUGCCUGCCUGCCUUUGAAGCCACCCGCUUGACCCAGCAGAGUCCUCCCGACACCUCGAUCCGUAGAUCGACGUCAGCUCGCCGCUCCCGAGAGAGACUAUCCCACGCCGAUCCACCUCUGCCAUCGUCGGCUCCAUCUGCAGGUCCCAUCUUGCAGCUCAUCCUCGAUAAACACCAGCUCACCCUGCCUCACUCGCCAUGUGACGAGCUCUUGACGAGGACCUUCGACUUUCGCCCUCGGACUACUCACGGUCCUGCUACGCGCAGGACUGCGGCUGGCAGUUUCCCCUUGCUGGGUGGCUGUACAACCAGGUCCCCUGUAGAGACCUCUCGAGGCAAUCCCUCUACACGACAGCCCUUCGACGCUUGGUAGAACGCACUGCUGGCCAGGAUGACUACUCUCACAAUCCCCGAUGCUGGCCUCCACCUGGAGAGCUCGGCCAAGGCGGCUGGUGCUCUACCACGUCAGGCGUUUGGGAUCACGCUGAGCGACAGCAUGAUUGAAGACAUGAUCAGAUGUGUGCAAGAUGGAGAAGAGAUAGAGCUGGUGCUCGGAAGCGAACCGUGCUUCGAAUAUGGAGGGAGAUCCCACAUUGUCGAACCGAUACCCGACUCACAUGAUUAUGACUUAUUCCUCACGAACCCCGACGAAAAUUCCACGCUCGCUCAACGAUUACCACAUCCUGCGCAGUCCCUUUGGAAGAAGCCGACGAAGCAAGACCUGGCCCUGCAAGGCGAGAGAUCUGGUAGAGCCAUGAGCCGCUCAUCAUCCUCGUCAGGGCCGGAGUCUGAGAAGAGUGGCAACAGUACUCGCCUUACCAAUGGUCUGUCGAGCGACAUCAAGCAGAAGGGCAAGACCGCCCGUCCGUCUUCGAAGCUCCUUGCCCCUGGAAGGUCCGCCAUGGCCGCAGCAAUGUCCGGCUCGACACCACGGUCACUCCCUGCGAGCCCGGCUCUCAACGGCGUUUCAUCGCCGAAUCCUGCCAUAUCUGCGUCUCAACAGCUCCUCGAGAAGAACAAGGAACAACGAAGUAUUCUUGUGCACGAACUUGCAGCGCGGGACAGGACGUAUGACUACUUGGAGAAGAAGUGGCUUGGCGAUGUCAAGGACCUGAGACCCACGCUCGAGAAGGUGGCAAGCUUUGACCAGCCUAGCAAUAGCUGGAGCCUGAAGAAGCUGUAUUGGAAAGAGCUGGACGUAUGGAACUACACAUACAACGAGCCCGGCGAUCGUCAAGCAGCAAUCGACAGUGCUGUCCGUCAGUACGACAAGCAGCGCAUCGGCACAACAUCGCCAGAAUGGGAGAGGCUCUUGGCGCCUGAAGAGCGUGGCAAGGGCAAGACUUUGAGCAAGUUACAAGCGACACUUGCGAAGGGCAACAUCACACCGGUGCCGAAAGUGUCUGUGCAAAAGCCCGACGAUGGGGACAAGAGCGAAGCAGACUCUUCCAGAUUGUCCAAGGGUGGCGAACCGCUGGCACGGAGUGGCUCGCAAGCGGGCAGCACAAAGAUCAAGAAGGUGGCAGAGCGGGAGGUGCCCCCGAAGAAGGUGUUGUCUUCCGUCACAAAGAAGCCUGUGCUACCAAAGAAGCCUCUGGCAAAGGUCAAAGCUGUGGAGGACAAGGGCAGAAAAGUGCCUCUGUCAGAUGAAUUUGUGUAUGAUUCUUCCAGCAGCCAGGAUGAAGUCCCGCUGUCAUCAUCAACCUCAGCUGCGAAGCCAAAAAUUGCCGAAAAGCCGCGGGACAGACCUGUGGAGAAGCCUGUCGAGCGGGCACGAGAACGGGAACACGUUACUCCCUCAACAUUGCCAGCGAAGCCGAAACCAGUCGUUCGGGCCCCUCGACCACCUGUACGAGCAGUGCCGUCCCCAGCUCCGCAAAAACGAGCGCGUGAUGACGACGACAGUAGCUCGAGUUCUGGUGCACCACUGAGCAAGCGUCUCAAGCCCAAAGAGCCUGUCAAGCCACCCGUGGCGCGGGCGCCUGUCGUCAACCAAAGAUCCUCUGAGCCCAGCCAACGGAAAAACGUCGACUCGAGUCAAAAGGUGCGGAGCAACGGGGCUGCCAAUGUCUCGUCUUCAACACUUGCAAAGAACAAGAACACAUCUCCGACAAAGUCUUCACCGCUCGCCUCUUCGCCCCCGACAAAUGCUUCUGACUUUGACGACCGCAGCAGCCAAAGCCAGGGCUACGGACGUGCCCGGAAUGGCGUCAGCAGCAUCAAUGGCACCUAUGGCAGCUCGUCUGCUGGCAUCGUCAAGAAGCGCAAGGAGCUCGACUCUGAUCAGGAAUCUGUCUCGGGCAAGAACUCGCGAGUAAGCAAAGACGUGCUCAAAAGAGCCAAUUUGUUCACACGGUGCUACGAACGAUAUGAGGCGCUUCACCGAGAGAUUGUGCAGCUCGAGGAGCCUCCUCAGGACAAGCUCCAAGACCUGCUUGCCAUGCGACGGCGGCUUGUCGCGUGGAAAACAGAGAUCUCUCGCGAGGUGGCGGCGUCAGCAUGAGUUGUGCUAUACGCCGACGCCUGUCUAGACCUAAUAUUCGCAUAUGGUACAAGGAGAGGCUACCCAAAAGUGAUUUGGAUGUGGGCGGCGGAUCCAUCGCAUGCCUGAUUACCUGCAUUCUGCUUUAUUCAAUCAUCAGACGAGCAACGGAGUUGGGAGACAUGGAACAGACAGCCGCAUCAUCUUGGCUGCAUGAUUUUGCCUUGCAUUUUGGGAAACGGACCCAACCUAGAAUAACAAGCAUUUGCGAUUAUGUACAUGACGAAAUGAAUUGACAUUUAUAUCCCAUCAA